GGACUAUCAACGCUAUAAAAUAGGUUGCUUUGCCUUCUAUACAAUAAUUGAGUUUCCCAUUGUUGACAUGCUGCCGUAAUCGGAGAGCAGAACAAGCCCCGCAUAGACGAGAGAACCCCGCGUCGGGAUCUUGGAUGACAUCGCUCCAGAAGUCGUAUGGAUAUAUCAUUGAGUCGGUAUCUUCAGCAUUGCUCAAUCCGCCAUAGUCCUGUUAUUUCAAUAUCCGCCAACAGAAUGUCGCUCGCAACGCUUGAUGUCACCCAGCACCCCUACCUGCCAGCGUCUGCAGAGACGCUGUUCAAGGCGAAGGCAAACAAGAGGCUCAGUUUCGAGGAAAUCGCAAACCAUAUCGGACGCAAUGAGGUAGCGACGGCCGCCAUAUUCUACGGACAGGCAAAGGCCUCGUCCGAAGACAUCCAGAAGCUUUCUACGCUUCUUGGAAUUCCGCACGACUUGCUGGAGGAACAGCUCAGUGGCUUCCCCGACCGUGGUCGCACGGUACAGAUGCCUCCGAAGGAACCCUUGAUCUACCGGUUGUAUGAGAUCGUGCAGAACUAUGGAUAUGCGUACAAGGCGGUUCUGAACGAAAAGUUUGGUGAUGGCAUCAUGAGUGCUAUUUCGUUCUCCACGAAGGUUGAAAAGGAGACGGAUAAGGACGGAAACAACUGGGCCGUCAUUACUCUGCGCGGAAAAUGGUGAGAGCCUUUCGUAAGUUGGAAAAGAUCGAGAAGAGAUGCUAAUAUUGUAUCCAGGCUGCCAUUCUCAAGGUUCUAG